AUGCACUCGAGUGAGUUGCUCAUCAAGAAGGCCGUCCUGCGCGAUGACAGCGGAAACGACAUCCACGUCGCUUUCUUCACAGACGAGGACGCCGGGCUGCUCGAUUUGAGGCUGGCCUAUAGAAUGCUGCUGUCCGGAAGCCGUUACAACCUCACCAUCGGCUUCAGCGGUAUCAUGAAGAAGGAAGGAGAAAAUAUUUUGCUGCUGAUUGACAGCUAUCCGGACGCUGGCGACUCGUCCAAGAUCGUGAAAGUGUGGACGUUCGCCAAGCUUAGGAGCGCUCGCCAGAUGUUUCCUUGCUUCGAUUUGUCAAGCCAAAGGGCCACUUUUGAUGUACGCGUGGUUAGGCCAAAGUCGUUCGUUGCCAUCUCGUCGGCAGAUAAAAGCAGUUGCAGCGACGUGGGCAUUGGCGACCGGGUGCUGUGCGCCUUCCAGAGAACCAUCAGAAUCUCGCCGGACCAACUGGCGCUGAUCGUGACUAACCUUAGCAGCGUCACUCAAGGCAAGGUAACCUUCUGGUCUCCGGGACUGUCAAACCUCGCGGUACUUGCUGAUAGAAUUGUGACCGUCUGCGAAAAAGAGAUGGAAUUUGUAUUUCCUUGCAAGAAGCUUCACAUCGUUGCUGUCACAACCGUGGGCAAGCUCGUGUCAUCCAAGUGGUGUGUAGUGAUUGUCGAGGCUAGGGAGCGGGUCUGUUCAUUGACUACAGGGUUUAUGAAAAAUAAAUUCAACUGCGUCGUUUCGCUCGUAGGCCAAGUACUGUUCAUGUGGCUGGACGCCGUCGUCGUUUUUCCGGACGACGGCUAUCGCUGGCUCAGUGUGACAUUCUCCGUUUACCAUAGCUUCAGAGUGCUGGGAGCUCUCUUUCCGACGUGGGGCAUCGAUGAGCUCGUCGCUCUUCGUGUAAUCACCUCUAAGAGUUCCUACAGGGAGCCGCAACCCCCGAUCAAGAACGCUCUCGCUCUUCAACAGCUGCCGGAGUACGCGAGCACGAUUGUCUGGAAGUCUGUGGGAGUACUGCGUAUGUUCGAAAACGGUAUCACGUCCGCGAGUUUCACCAGUGGCGUCACCCGAUUGCUAAAGACCUUCCAGUACAAGACGGCGAGCCGCGAGGACGUGUUGAGGACUCUCGAUCCCACAUGUGACCUGUUGAAGAACCUGUCGACUUGGCUUUCAGAUCCAGCCUACCCGCUUCUUACAGCGCGUCGCACCAACGCGACGUCUCUGGCAGUGCAGCAGGAGACAUUCCGGGACCUGUCCCGUUUCUCUUACCCUUCUCGCCACGCCUUGCCCAUGACGGUGACUGUUCAGAGGGGCGGUAAGCAGGAGCCCAGUUUUGUAGCCUGGAUGGCUAAUACGUCUCAGAUGCUCGAGGUUCCCGCCACCUCUCCGAAGGACUGGAUCCUUGUUAACGGUGACGGCAUCGGAUACUUUCGCGUCUUGUACACCCCGCUGGACAUGGCGCUCAUAACAGAGCAGCUCAACAAGGACCACAGCGCAUUCACGCCUGUCCAGAGAGCCGUCUUCAUCGACGACUUCUUCUACGCGGCGCUGAGUGGGCGCAUCUCGUCGAACCAGUUUGCCGAGGCUAUUAAGUACUUGCCGUCGGAAGACGCCUGGCUCCCUAUGAUGACGUACCUAGAACUGGCCGCUAAUAUCCCUUACCAGUGGCUGGGCGCUUGGAAGGCCGGAGGCGUGCUCGAUUGGAGGGCCUUUAACGUGAAGUUUUGCUCUCGGGCAUUGGUCGGAAAUGUGAGACCGCAGCGAGAAUCCGCGAAAGCCCUCUUGCACGAAUCUCUUGUCACCCACUGCUGCGCCUACCUCAGAUACGCGUGUCCACCCCGUCCUUAA